UCUCCUCUUUCUCUCUUUAAGCGAGGGCAUCAGGGUUGAUUCCAGCCACUUAGAACCCUUAAGUGAUACAUGAUUAGAUUGGAAACUAAUAAACAUAGACCGUUCUUGGAAAUGAACUUUAAAUUAAGAUCCUCUUGUUUGGGGAUAUAUGAUUCUUUUAUUUCAUUUAUGACAAUCCGUACAUCUUAAAUGAUGUCGCUUCAAGGACAUUUUCAUUUCUCCCACAACGUAUUAAACGAAACACUUGCCUGUAAAACCGGCUCAUUAGCCUGCAAAAUUACACUGUACUGAAUGGCUUUCAUUCAAAGUGGAAAUAAGAUUUUUAGUAGGCAAUUUCUGUAUUUUUUAAAGCUACGGCUAUGUUUGAUUGCUUCUUCCCAGCUGUUUUACUUAGUGGUUAUAAAGAUAAAUGGGGGAGGGGCUUGUAAAAAUGAGCUCAAAAAUAAAUCCUAGACUAGAAAACUAAGACAAAACUUCGGGGUACAACUGCGCCCACCGCACCACUGGGCUGCAGCCAUUUGUCCUCCGAUCGUCUAGGGUGGCUGGGAGAGUAGUGAGGGCGCCUGGAGGAAGGGAGAGGGAGGGAAGGGAGAGGCGGCUUUGCAGGCUACAGAGGCGGCGCCAGCUGGGCGACCCGGCUCCGAGAGGCGCGGGAGGAGCGGCUCCGCUAAGGUGGGAGAGCCUGGGCGCGCCGCCGAGCGCGAACAGGGACGCGGCGGCCACUGGGGUCGAGGCCGCGGCGCGCGUAGGACUCUGGGCGGCGCUGGCCGCGGUGGGAGCUGCAGAGCGGCUAGGGAGCUGGGAUCUCGGGGAGCGACUCGGAGAUGGAUCGAAUUACACCAUUUGCCGAGCAGCGGUUUGUUUUGCUGGCGCUGGGUCCCGCCGCCGCCGCCGCCGCCGCCGCCGCCGCCGCCGCCGCCGCCUUGGCUGGAGCGGACCAGUUUCAGGAUAGAUCUCAAGGCGAGACCCGAGACCGUGGGAUUGCUCUUUCUGCACACCGUCUUGAUCGGCUUUUCCAUCUGAUCCUGACAAGCUUUAUUUGUCUGUUUUUUAAAGCAGGCUUCCCUAUGAGAGGAAGCUAAGUGGGACUUCUGAGAGGGGGAGCUCAGAUACCUUCUCGGCCAACCAUGAGGUUCUUUCUGCUUUGGUUCUGCGUGCUGUUCCUUCUGGUCUCCAGGUUACGGGCAGUCAGCUUCCCCGAGGACGAUGAGCCCCUUAACACGGUUGACUAUCACUAUUCAAGGCAAUAUCCGGUUUUUAGAGGACGCCCUUCAGGCAACGAAUCGCAGCAUAGGCUGGACUUUCAGCUGAUGUUGAAAAUUCGAGACACACUUUAUAUUGCUGGCAGGGAUCAAGUCUAUACAGUGAACUUAAAUGACAUCCCCCAAACAGAGGUGAUCCCGAGCAAGAAGCUGACAUGGAGGUCCAGACAGCAGGAUCGAGAAAACUGUGCUAUGAAAGGCAAGCAUAAAGAUGAAUGUCACAACUUCAUCAAAGUCUUUGUCCCAAGAAAUGAUGAGAUGGUUUUUGUCUGUGGCACCAACGCUUUCAACCCGAUGUGCAGAUACUAUAGGUUGAGUACCUUAGAGUAUGAUGGGGAAGAAAUUAGUGGCCUGGCACGGUGCCCGUUUGAUGCCCGACAAACCAAUGUUGCCCUCUUUGCUGAUGGGAAACUCUAUUCUGCCACAGUGGCUGAUUUCCUGGCCAGUGAUGCUGUCAUUUACAGAAGCAUGGGUGAUGGAUCGGCCCUCCGCACAAUAAAAUACGACUCCAAAUGGAUCAAAGAACCACACUUUCUUCAUGCCAUAGAAUAUGGAAACUACGUCUAUUUCUUCUUCAGAGAAAUCGCCGUGGAACAUAAUAACUUAGGCAAGGCUGUGUACUCCCGAGUGGCCCGCAUUUGUAAAAACGACAUGGGUGGCUCACAGCGGGUCCUGGAGAAACACUGGACUUCCUUCCUGAAGGCUCGGCUUAACUGCUCGGUCCCUGGAGAUUCCUUUUUCUACUUCGAUGUUCUGCAGUCCAUCACAGACAUCAUCCAAAUCAAUGGCAUCCCCACCGUGAUCGGGGUCUUCACCACGCAGCUCAACAGCAUUCCUGGCUCUGCAGUCUGUGCCUUUAGCAUGGACGACAUUGAGAAAGUGUUCAAAGGGAGGUUCAAAGAACAGAAAACCCCAGACUCUGUUUGGACAGCAGUUCCUGAAGACAAAGUACCAAAACCAAGGCCUGGCUGUUGUGCCAAACAUGGCCUCGCGGAAGCUUACAGAACGUCCAUCGACUUUCCAGACGAUACCCUGUCUUUCAUCAAGUCCCACCCGCUGAUGGACUCCGCUGUCCCACCCAUUGCUGAUGAGCCCUGGUUCACAAAGACGCGGGUCAGGUACAGGCUGACAGCCAUCGAAGUGGACCGUUCGGCAGGGCCGUACCAAAACUACACAGUCAUCUUUGUUGGCUCUGAGGCCGGCGUGGUGCUUAAAGUUUUGGCAAAGACCAGUCCUUUCUCUUUGAACGACAGCGUAUUACUCGAAGAGAUUGAAGCUUAUAACCCAGCCAAGUGCAGCGCCGAGAGUGAGGAGGACAGGAAGGUCGUCUCGUUACAGCUGGACAGGGAUCACCAUGCUUUAUACGUGGCCUUCUCCAGCUGCGUGGUCCGCAUCCCCCUCAGCCGCUGUGAGCGCUAUGGCUCCUGUAAAAAGUCUUGCAUUGCAUCACGCGACCCGUACUGUGGUUGGUUAAGCCAGGGAGUGUGUGAGAGAGUGACCUUAGGGAUGCUGCUGUUAACCGAAGACUUCUUUGCUUUCCAUAACCACAGCGCUGGAGGAUAUGAGCAGGACACCGAGUAUGGCAACACGGCCCACCUAGGGGACUGCCACGAAAGUUUGCCUACUUCAACUACACCAGAUUACAAAAUAUUUGGCGGUCCAACAUCUGACAUGGAGGUAUCCUCAUCUUCUGUUACCACUGUGGCAAGUAGCCCAGAAAUUACAUCUAAAGUGAUUGAUACCUGGAGACCUAAACAGACGAGCUCCCGGAAAUUUGUAGUUCAAGAUGACCCAAACACUUCUGAUUUUACUGAUACUAUAUCAGGUAUCCCAAAGGGUGUACGGUGGGAAGUCCAGUCUGGAGAUUCCAACCAGAUGGUCCACAUGAAUGUCCUCAUCACCUGCGUGUUUGCAGCUUUUGUCUUGGGCGCGUUCAUCGCAGGAGUGGCUGUGUACUGCUAUCGCGACAUGUUUGUUCGGAAGAACAGAAAGAUCCAUAAAGAUGCAGAAUCGGCCCAGUCGUGCACAGACUCCAGUGGAAGCUUUGCCAAGCUGAAUGGUCUCUUUGACAGCCCCGUCAAGGAGUACCAGCAGAACAUCGAUUCGCCCAAACUCUACAGCAACCUGCUGACCAGUCGGAAGGAGCUGCCUCCCAACACGGAUCCAAAGUCCAUGGCCAUGGACCAUCGGGGCCAGCCUCCAGAGCUGGCUGCUCUCCCCACGCCAGAGUCCACCCCUGUACUCCACCAGAAGACCCUGCAGGCCAUGAAGAGCCACUCCGAUAAGGCCCACGGCCAUGGUGCUUCAAGGAAGGAACACCCCCAGUUUUUUCCUUCUAGUCCUCCACCCCAUUCCCCGUUAAGUCACGGGCAUAUUCCCAGUGCCAUCGUUCUUCCAAACGCCACUCAUGACUACAACACAUCCUUCUCAAACUCUAACGCUCACAAAGCCGAAAAGAAGCUUCAGAACGUUGAUCACCCUCUCACAAAGUCAUCCAGUAAGAGGGAACACCGGCGCUCUGUGGACUCCAGAAACACCCUCAAUGAUCUCUUGAAGCAUCUCAAUGACCCGAACAGUAACGCCAAAGCCAUCAUGGGAGAAAUCCACAUGGCCCAUCAGACCCUCAUGCUGGACCCAGUGGGACCAAUGUCUGAGGUCCCACCCAAGGUUCCUAACCGGGAGGCAUCCCUAUACUCCCCCCCCUCAACACUCCCCAGAAACAGUCCAACCAAGAGAGUAGAUGUCCCCUCCACUCCUGGGGUCCCAAUGACUUCUCUGGAAAGACAAAGGGGUUAUCACAAAAACUCCUCCCAGAGGCACUCUAUAUCUGCCGUGCCUAAAAACUUAAACUCACCAAACGGUGUUUUGUUAUCUAGACAGCCGAGUAUGAACCGUGGAGGAUAUAUGCCCACCCCAACAGGGGCGAAGGUAGACUAUAUUCAGGGGACACCAGUGAGUGUCCAUCUGCAGCCCUCCCUCUCCAGACAGAGCAGCUACACCAGUAAUGGUACCCUACCCAGGACGGGACUAAAGAGGACACCAUCCUUAAAACCUGAUGUGCCACCAAAGCCUUCCUUUGUUCCUCAAACCACAUCUGUCAGACCACUGAACAAAUACACUUACUAGGCCUCAAGUGUGCUAUUCCUGUGUGGCUUUAUCCUGUCCCUGCUGUUUCGAGGAAGCUGUGAGGGUACCUUAAGACGAGAUACCUGCUUGUGUUUUAAGAGAAACAAGUCGCCAAAGAAACUCUGUGACUUUGGUAACACCAGAACUUGCCACAUGUAGCUACUACAGCAAGGCUUCUGUGUACUUGCGGGAAGCGAAGGGAGGUCCUGCUCAUUCCACGUCUUUCGUUUGAAGCCGAAGGGCUGUGUAGCCCGGAAGGGCUCCCUUCGCCAGUGUGAAGGAGCUGACACAGUGCUCAGAAGACCUGAGCCAACACUUGAAAUGGGUUCAGUGUAGACUGCCGUUCGGCGUGGUCUUCCCAUUAAAUGUGAACAUUUCAAUAUGUAUGCAUUCACCUUGCCUCUUGCACAAAUGUCAAAAUGGAAAGAUGGGAAUGUCUCAGAACAAAACGAGCUUGGAGAUUGCCAAGCAGUUUGCUGAAAAUUCAAUCUUUAGCCCAAACUGUAGCAUUUUUUUUUUUCUGAGUGUGGCACUGUUUUUUUUUUUUAAUGCCACCAACAAACUGUUAAGAGG